GAGACAACACAAUAGUUCUCAUUUGAUAAAUGCUGCAUACUUAACUUCACUUCUUCACACCAACAACAACAACAACAAAAAAUGACGAAACGUUUCAAAUUAAAGAUUUCAAGAAUCCUCUCAUUCAAAUCUUGUCGUUCAAAAGAUCCUUCUUCUCUCCCUAUUAAUCCUGUUCCGUCAAGUCUCCGACGUACUCCUCCACCUUCUAACUCAUCCUCCGUCGUCGUUACCACCACCGUGCCACAACGUCGUCGUUCUUCUUUCAAACUACACGUUUUAACCGUGUUUGGCUGCGGUCGCUCGUCCACUACGUUGGAUGUUGUUGAUCGGAAGACUUCACCGUCGUUAUCUCCGCCGCAGACGCCGACGUUUCAGUGGGAAAGCGAGGGGAAGUGGCACGUGAUCGCUCAUGUCACCGAAGAAGAAAACGAAACGCCUCGCCGGAAAAUUUACGACGGUGGGUCGGAGAAAGAUCACAACCGCCGACGUUUAAAGAAGAAGGAGAGAUCAAACUCACGGCGGAGAGGGAGCAUAUCCUCCGCCGAAGAAGAGACGGAUAGAGAGAGUCUCUUACCGUCUUCUACAAACCUCUCGCCGGAAUAUUCCUCCUCAGAGCUGCGACGUGUCACAAGAAGACGUAGACACGUUCCCAAGAAGUCAGCGAUCGUUGAAGAAAGCGAGUCAUCGUCACCACCACCGUCUCCGGCGAGGCUUUCUUCGUUUGUUCAAAGACUGAUGCCGUGUACGACGGCGGCUGCGGUUAUGGUUGAAGGAGUAGCGGUGGUGAAGAGAUCAGAAGAUCCUUACGAAGAUUUCAAAGGUUCAAUGAUGGAGAUGAUUGUAGAAAAGAAGAUGUUCGAAGUAGCUGAACUUGAACAGCUUCUUAGUUGCUUCUUAUCGCUAAACGCGAAACGCCACCACCGCGCGAUUGUUAGAGCGUUUUCAGAGAUUUGGGUUGCUUUGUUCGCCGGUGGUAACGGUGCCGGUGGUGGUGGUGGUGGUCGGAGAUCAUCCUCCUUCUCUAGUGUUCGACUCUCCGAUUACGAAGAGUGUUAAUAAUAAUAUAUAAGUUAUCAUUUUAAUUAAGUGGUCAAUGUAAAUGUUAAAUGUAAAUUAUGCGGCGGUGCAAUAAUUAAAACUGUAAUGAUUAAAAUGCGUAGGCCAAUUUAAAAUAUGUAUUUGUACGAUUUAGAUUCUAAAAUGCUUAAGAUUGGAUAUAUAGAUUUAUUGAUCAUA